AUAGAGGGGUGUCAGGGUUAAGGCUGCAGAGAAAAUUGCUGAGGAAGAGCAGUCCUUAGAGGUACAUCUGCAGGUGUUGCUGUUAAAUUGCACUGCUUCAACCAGCUGAUCUCCUCUACCAGAGCUGUCAUCCCCACAGCCAGGAGCAAAAAUCUCCUCCCUUACCAAAACACGAGCCAGCACCUGAGACUUCUUGCUUUGAGAGGGUGGUGGUGAGUUUCACUGAUCAAACCCCCUGGAUCCUUACUAAUUCAAUUGCUGCUUUGCCUCACAAAAUUGGCAAAAGCUGAUCUUUUAUUAACCUGCUCUUCUCAUUCUGUCUUUCGGGUUUUGAGUGGGGAGGUAAGUGCUGUGGUGUGGCCCCCUCAACUUUCUCAAUGGUCUUUUAGGCAAAGCCAAGGAAGUGGAGAUGAAAAAUGAGAUUUUGGAGGAUGUGGGGAAAAGAGAAAUCUUGCAGAAUUCUGAGCAUGAGGAACACAAAGAGGAGUCUGAGGAGGAAGUACAGACAUUGCAUGCUGCUGAAAAUGCAAAGGCAGAACAAAUGGUUGAAGAACGGGACGCCCUGCCAGCAGUGAUGGUACCAGAGAGUAGGUUUGCAGAGCAAGCCCAAAGCCUCCCAGAACCUGUGUCAGGGAGCACUUCUUCAAGCAGUGACAGUGACACAGAUGGCUUGAGAAAGGUCACAGAGCCCAGGGGCACAGCAGCCCAGCAGCCUGAGAGUACACAGGCUGAACACCAUGACCUGAGUGCAAGGACAAAUGAGAACCUGGAGCUGGGCUCUCUGCAAGGCCACCCGAUUUUUGAGACUCCUCAGGAAAUGUUCUGUCACUCAGGCACAGAGCAGCAGCUGGGAGAAGCUGCACCCAGCCAGGAAGAACAAGAGGAUCUUGAAACCAGCCAUGCCCUGAGUGAUGAUGAAAUGGAUGAAGGGUCUGACAGUACAAGUGAGGGCAGUGAGUUGGUUUCUAACCAGGCAGGGCUACCUGAGGGAGCAGUGGCAGGCUUGCUUAGGGAAGAGGGAAAUGUGGAGAGUUCCACUCCAGAGGAACCCCAGCACUCAGAAGAAAGUGCUGAAAACAAGGUUGCAAAUGUCUUGGAGGAAAAGUUUGUUGACUGCACUGAUGGGAGAAGUGAUAAAACAGCAGGUGACAGAGCUGAAGAAGAAGAUGAGGUUGGGAACACAGUUCAGGGUCAGCCGAGGGAAGAUGAGUCUGUGGGUUUGGAGGGGACUGAGCCAUGUGAAAGGGAUGUCCCAGCACAGCCACUUGGAAAGGAAGGUGGAGAACAUCAGGCAUUGAUCCAGCCAGAUUCUUCACAGGACAGUGCUUCAGCAUCCCCAGAGGAACGAGGUACACAAGGUAAAACUGAAGAUGAAACUGCUACAGCUGAGAAGGAUGGACAGAAGGAAGAGCUGAUGGAAGAGCUGGAGGAGUGUUCAGGUUCUGCUGGAACAGACAAGCAAGGUGUGGUGUCUGUGGAGGCAGGAGGCUCCAUUCCUGAGGGAAAGGGAGGUGAGCUGCAGCAGGCACAGCCAGGAACAGAGGUUGGGGGAGAGGUGAUCACUCAGGAAACCCAUUCAGACCCGAGUCUUUUAGAUGAUAAAGUUAAGGAGUCAGAAUUGGAAACAGGAGAUGAGGCUGGCGAAGGACAGGAAAGUAGCACAGAAUGGGUAGAAGAUCUGAAUCCAAAGGCAGAGGUUCAAACAAGUUGGGGUAGUGAAGAAACAGCAGAAGGUACAGAGGGAGAGAAAAAUGUUCCUUUAGAGGGUGAAGAGCAGAAGGUGGUUAAACAAGUGGAAGGUGAAUCUAAAGAGGAGUCAGGUGUAGGUGUUACUGUAACUACUGAAAACAAAGCCAGUAAAGAAACACUGAAAGAAAAUGAGCGAGAGGUAGAGCUUGCAGACCACCCUGGUGGGGAAUCUGCUUCUGAGGAGGGUGCAAAUGAUGCCCUGGAACAGAAACCUGUGCAGGAUGAAAAGAUUAGUGAACAAGUUAAAUUGGAGGAAGGUGCAAAUAAUUCCCUGCCCCAGAAAGUUGUGCAGGAUGAAAAGAUUAGUGAAAAAGUUAAAUUGGAGGAAGGUGUAAAUGAUUCCCUAGAACAGAAACCUGUGCAGGAUGAAAACAUUGGUGAACAGGUUAAGUUGGAGGAAGGGACAGAUAAUUCCCUGGCACAGAAACUUGUGCAGAAUGAAAACAUUAGCGAACAAGUUAAAUUGGAGGAAGGUGUAAUUACCUCCCUGGAACAGAAGCCUUUGCAGGAUGAAAACAUUGGUGAACAAGUGAAAUUGGAGGAAGGAGUAAAUAAUUCCCUGCCCCAGAAAGCUGUGCAGGAUGAAAACAUUAGUGAACAAGUGAAAUUGGAGGAAGGAGUAAAUAAUUCCCUGCCACAGAAAGCUGUGCAGGAUGAAAAGUUUAGUGAACAAGUUAAACUGGAGGAAGGUACAAAUGAUUCCCUGGAACAGAAAGCUGUGCAGGAUGAAAAUAUUAGUGAACAAGUUAAACUGGAGGAAGGUGCAAAUGAUGCCCUGGAACAGAAACCUGUGCAGGAUGAAAACAUUGGUGAACAAGUAAAACUGGAGGAAGGUGUAAUUACUUACCUGCCCCAGAAAGCUGUGCAGGAUGAAAACAUUAGUGAACAAGUUAAAUUGGAGGAAGGUGCAAAUGAUUCCCUGGCACAGAAACCUGUGCUGGAUGACAUUAGUGAACAAGUGAAAUUGGAGGAAGAUGUAAGCAAUUCCCUGCCACAGAAACCUGUGCUGGAUGACAUUAGUGAACAAGUGAAAAUGGAGGACCAAGCAGAGGAAAGCCUGGAAGAUGAUGGUGAUGCAUUUGAUUUUGAUGAAGAGUCAAAUCAAAUACUAGAAUCUGAUGGAAAAUGUGAUGGAGAGAAAGCUGAUGCACAGGGAGAAGAGGGUGAUGGAGCAAAUGGUACUGUUGGAAAAACUGCCCACACACACAAAGCUGGAGAGGGAAGAGACAAAAUGGAAACCAAAGAUGCCUUGACCAAAGGUGGUGAAGCCCUGCAGCGUAAGAAAGAUGAGCCUCAAGAAACAGGAUGCUUGCAAGGGGAAGCACUGGGGAAAGCUGAUGAGGAGGAAGAUGAAAUCAAAGUAUCAGAUUCUAGUAAAGUGAGAAAAUUCCAGGAUCGAGAUGUUUUGGAACAGGAUUUGGAAAGUGCUUUCAUUAAGAGGGCUGAAAGCAGGGAGGAUCUGCAGGUUGGUAAAAGGAGUAAGGGCAGAUCCAGAGAUGACUGUACAAUCUCCUGAGUUCAGAAUCUCAAACCUGCACAAAUUCCAUGCCCUGUGAGCAGUCCCAGGACACAAACAUGCACUUUGCACAAGACAUCAGACCUUGGAAUACUCUUAGAGCUUUGUCUUUGUAGGUGACUCAGCAUAAAGCACGGAUGUGGUAACGAUGCAAGUUUUAAGUUAUUCACUGUUGUACCCAGCCACAAGAAAUUGUGAGUGGGUUUAGUUUUGCUGUGUCUCAGGUCGAAAGCUUAUCACCUGAUGAGGAAGCUUCACAACUUGACUAUUGAAACUAUUUUAUGCAAUUAAAGUACCUCUAGUGUGGAUAGCUGCUCCUGGGGAAUUUCUAUAGGAAUUUUUUUAUUAUUCUAGCCUAGUUGAUCAAUAUCAUGAAUGUACAUUGGGCCUUUGUGAACUUAUGCACAUUAUGCUUACUUGUACUUAGAUCUACAGCAAGUAUAUGAACUCUUGAUGAAGGAACUCAGCAGAUCAGCCAUCACUGAUGGUGAAACUUCUUUCAGAAUGCUUAAAGCCUAUGAACCAAUCUCUUAAUUUUUUUUUAAUAUGAAGAAAAAAAGAUCUUUUCAUUCCACCUUGUGUGUAUUUCUUAUAUGGUCACAUUCCAAAAUAUAGUUAGAUCACUGUGAAUCUGCUUAAUCUGAGCACUUUGGAAGAGCAAUACACAGUUUGGAGAAAGUACAAGAAGCAGAUCUUAGUUUGAUGAAAGGAAUAAAUAUCUACAUGUUUACUUCAUUUAGGCACUUUGCACCACAAUAGGCCUUUUACACCAUGUCUCACAUGGGGUUUUAUUUUUUUCCAGAGAAGGUGUCAAUACACAUUGUAAUGUGUGCUUAGGUUUGCUAUCAAGUACUGUCUAGAUAUGAAUAUAUAAAAAAAUAUAUAUUUUUCCAAGAAGAUUUUUGUUUAAAAUUGCAUUUGCUUACUGCAUUAUAUAUAUAUAUUUUUUUUUUUGCAAACUCUGAUUCUGAAAGAAUGUUUUUAUCUCUGAAACAAAUCAUAUCUCUUUCCUUCUGGAAAGAAGAUAACUUUGCAUGUCUUAACUCUUGCUGGAUAUCAGACCAAAGAUGACUGUUGUUUUGUGUACUAGCCCCCCUGUGCCUUUUGGAAAAGCUGGGUUGCUUUGAAUUGCUGGCAUAAAUUAAGCUCUUGGAUUCCCUUGCUGUAUUUCCUCUUGCUUCCCUGCUAGUGCUUG